AUGGAACCCCUUCCUCCAAGAAUUGCAUCGCAACGGCGUUCUCCUCCACGAUCAUCCUUCCAAGCACCCACGAAAGCGAGCAUCGCGCGGUCAAAUCCCGAGCUCCUAGAACGCGCCUUGAGUAGAUCCCCAACAAGAACAUCCACACGCAGUAGCCAGGAUGACAAACAGAAGGAAGCCGAAACGAGGGCUUUUGGCUUGAGGGACAGAAAAGCCCUCAGGCCCUCGAUUGCGCUGACGGCUAGCCCCUCAAACAGCCUCAACAGGGGCCGUCAGUCACAGUCACCUUUUGCCUUGGCUAGCCAACGAUCGAGUGGACUGGGUGCGUUCGCCGCACCUCCAAGGCGCGUUAGCAAAAGAAUUAGCGCCUCAGAUUUUUUAUUCCAAUCCCCUUCGACUUCGCGAGAAACAAGAGUGGAAGAGAGCUUGGUUAACACUCCGGAAGACCAGCUGGCGGUUGAGCUAGGCAGCGCAACUGGCAUGGACCUGAAUGAAGACACUGUCCUGCACAACGGCUUCGAUGAACCCGAUUUACCCCCAACACCGACUCAGUUAGGCUUGGAGCCGCCCCCUGGACGUCCGAGAGGGUUAUUGAGCGACAGCCCCGGUAUGCAGCAUGCAAAGUGGGGGAAACGACGUGCGUCGGAGGAUCUAGACAGUAGCCCUUCGAAACUCAGGACGGUAAACUACAGCAAUGAGCCAGAGGAUCUGACUAUCACCACAAACCUUGCGCCUUUUCCUGAGUCUAUUGUCAAGAAGAGAAAGCUUAAGCGAGAACUUUCGGCUCAAUUAGAGUCCCUCAAACAAGACCUUGCCCAACUCGAGGGAUUAUGCGACAAACUUGAUAAAAAAGAGGGGGAUAUUGAACCCUUUCUUAACGAUUUAUGCCAGAGUGCGCAGACAGACCAGUACCUAACUGCUCUUGCUCCUUUGAAAAUAACCGCAUCUUUAAACGCCAUUACAAAGUCAGAUCUAGGCAUGUUUGUCGAAAGGCAUCAGAUCACGCUUUCCGCACCGCGACCCUUUCCACCUAAUGUCUACAAGAUUGACGUUUCCUACGAGACCAACCCGGAAACGCAGUCCGUAGUAUCUCUUGCAGCAUCUGUGGAUGGGACGACCCUUAAUUAUCUGCAACAAUGGAUUAACGGGCGGCUACAGGACCCGCUCAGACGAUUAGAUAUUUCCGGACUAUGCUGGGGCAUCAACCGCUACUGGGAAGCUCUAGUGUCGCGGGCUCAAAUCUGGGCUCAAAUCUGGGAUCAGCAUCCGGCUCUGAUUCCGAGUCGAAACAAAUCACCUUCUGUAAAGGUCAAUUCAGAUAUUGAUAUACGGCGAAUAUUGCCACACCUCGAACGUACAUCCAUUCUGUUUAAGUCAAAGCAGAGAACCCUUGAAGCCCUCUUGUCGUGCGAACUCACCAUCGACCCUUGGACUGGGGAGCCGGAGCUAACGCCCACCAUAUGCGUUUCGAUAUCUGGAAACGGCAGCAGCUCAGAUAGGAAGGUGGAGCAAGAGUCAAAGAAGCUUUUUGAAGCGGUUUUGAAUGAAAGCAAGAAGCAACAGCUAGGAACUGCGGGCGGUUCCGAGGCUGAGGCUGUCGUCAAAGCUACGAAGUGUGUACUAGACGUUUUGUUUGGGCAGAGUGGUGGUCAUCAGCUUUAA